GCACUGUCGCCGGCGGCAGGGCCGAGAGCAUCAGUCCUUGUCAGAGCUGCUCUAGGAGCGCUGCCUCACCUCGGGGCCGGGCGCCCGCGGACCAACUCCCCGCUUCUGCACCUGCCCCCCAGGAGCCUGUGCUGCCAUGGCCAACGCGGGGCUGCAGCUGCUGGGCUUCAUCCUGGCCUUCCUGGGCUGGAUUGGCGCCAUCGUCAGCGUCGCGCUGCCCCAGUGGAAGAUUCACUCCUACGCCGGCGACAACAUCGUGACCGCUCAAGCCAUGUACGAGGGGCUGUGGAUGUCCUGCGUGUCCCAGAGCACUGGGCAGAUCCAGUGCAAAGUUUUCGACUCCUUGCUGAACUUGCCCAGCACUUUGCAAGCCACGCGAGCACUAAUGGUGAUUGGCAUCCUGCUGGGACUGAUAGCGAUCUUUGUGGCCACUGUGGGUAUGAAGUGUAUGAAGUGCAUGGAAGAUGAUGAGAUGCAGAAGAUGCGGAUGGCCGUCUUUGGGGGCGGGAUAUUUCUUGUUGCAGGUCUGGCCAUUUUAGUUGCCACAGCAUGGUAUGGAAAUAGAAUUGUUCAAGAGUUCUAUGACCCGAUGACCCCAGUCAAUUCCAGGUAUGAAUUUGGCCAGGCUCUCUUCACUGGCUGGGCUGCAGCUUCCCUCUGCAUCCUGGGAGGUGCCCUACUCUGUUGCUCCUGUCCCCGAAAAACAACCUCUUACCCAACACCUCGUCCUUAUCCGAAACCUACACCCUCCAGCGGGAAAGACUACGUGUGACCAAGGAAGAUGACACGCACCUGUUGGAACAGACAGAAAGUGGACACUGAAAUAUGAUCCUCAACCUUAAGACUAUUGUCUUGUGACUAUUGCAGUCAGAACUGGGAUAUUACAAAAACAAAACAAAACAAAUGCCCUAAGAUAUUUUUUUAAAUGCAUUGCUAAAAAUGGUCUAGUCUUACUUUAUCUCCUGCCUUAAUACAGGAAGAAUGUCCUGUCCAUUUUUAUUACAGCUUCUCACUGAGUAAUCAUACUCAAAUAGGGGGAGGGAAACGCCUUAAAUACAUAUGGAUAUGUAUAUAGAUGUUUUUCUAGUAAAAAUGUAGAUGGCAAAAACUCUUGCUCUCAUUAUGUUUGCACCAGCAUACUUAAGCAUCUCUAAAAAGUUGGGACAAUGUGUAUUGAAUACGAUACUCAUUAAAGAAGCAGUUGAGUUUUUAA